GCACAUAGUUGCAAUUUCUUAAUGAAUGAAUCCGAAGGGGCUUUAGUGAGACAGAUUUGAUUUGACAACAUAAAUCUGAAACUCUCUGCUUAUUGGGACUUCCGCCCCCAACAGCCGUGUAGAGCCCGAUCCCGGAACUCAGGUUACCCGGUGAUCGGAUAUUCAGCGAAGUUAAUAAAAUGGGUUUAGGCUUUGCAAUUGGCGCUUUUGGAGUACUGAUUCUGGCUCAUGCAGCUUAUUCAACCAUUCAAUAUAGAGGUUUGUUGAAGAUUAUGGAGGAGGAGUUUUCAGGACCUCCAAUGAACGUGGUGGUCGAGUUGCUCGUAGGGUUAGUUUUGUGUAUGUGGGCUGCUUUAACUGUACCGGGAAAGUUCCUAUCUAUACACCCUCAUUCUGAUGAGAAUAGGAUAGUUUCUUUGCCGGCCAAUAUGGACUUCAUGGUCUUCAACCAUCGUGGCAAAGUAUUUCCUUCAGCAAUGGACUUGAAACUGAAACAUUGAAGUCUUAUCAGUCUAAUGGUAGGAUCAUCUUUUGGGGGCUAUUUAAGGAAAAAAAAAAUAAUUUCUUUUUCAAAUUUAGAACUUGGAAAGAGCCAAAAUUGGUGGAUUUGGCAACUUGGUGCUAAUACCUAGUUACUUAGAACAACACUUAUUGAUUGUCCCUUAGUUUUGUAAUUUUAUGCUACGUCUCGUAUAUUUUGUCUUAUUUUCCACUGUCUGGUAUGUAAUUUGAACAUUUAUAGGUGCUGCUAUUACAUGUGUUUUGCCAUAA